GAGCUGUCGGCCGGAGCCGUCACCCCGGGCGGGACCGAGCGCUGGCGACGACGCGCGGCGGCCCGGCCGAGGGAGGGAGGGAGCGAGCGAGCGGGCGGGAGAGCCAGAGAGCGGGUAGGAGGCAGCCGCUGGCGCCCGAGGGGCCGAGCGAGAUUGUAAACCAUGGCUGUGUGGAUACAAGCUCAGCAGCUCCAAGGAGAUGCCCUUCAUCAGAUGCAAGCACUGUAUGGUCAGCAUUUCCCCAUUGAGGUGCGCCAUUACUUAUCCCAGUGGAUUGAAAGCCAAGCUUGGGACUCAAUAGAUCUUGAUAAUCCACAGGAGAACAUUAAGGCCACCCAGCUCCUGGAGGGCCUGGUGCAGGAGUUGCAGAAGAAGGCAGAGCACCAAGUGGGGGAAGAUGGGUUCCUACUGAAGAUCAAGCUGGGGCACUACGCCACGCAGCUCCAGAACACAUAUGACCGCUGCCCCAUGGAGCUGGUGCGCUGCAUCCGCCAUAUUCUGUACAAUGAACAGAGGCUGGUCCGAGAAGCCAACAAUGGUACUUCUCCCGCUGGAAGUCUCGCCGAUGCCAUGUCCCAGAAGCACCUUCAGAUCAACCAGACAUUUGAGGAGCUGCGAUUGGUCACGCAGGACACGGAGAAUGAGCUGAAGAAGCUGCAGCAGACUCAAGAGUAUUUCAUCAUCCAGUAUCAGGAGAGCCUGAGGAUCCAGGCUCAAUUUGCCCAGCUGGCCCAGCUGAACCCCCAGGAGCGACUGAGCCGGGAGACGGCCCUCCAGCAGAAGCAGGUGUCCCUGGAGGCCUGGCUGCAGCGCGAGGCCCAGACGCUGCAGCAGUACCGCGUGGAGCUGGCCGAGAAGCACCAGAAGACCCUGCAGCUGCUGCGGAAGCAGCAGACCAUCAUCCUGGAUGAUGAGCUGAUCCAGUGGAAGCGGAGGCAGCAGCUGGCAGGGAACGGCGGUCCCCCCGAGGGCAGCCUGGAUGUGCUGCAGUCCUGGUGUGAGAAGUUGGCGGAGAUCAUCUGGCAGAACCGGCAGCAAAUCCGCAGAGCCGAGCACCUCUGCCAGCAGCUGCCCAUCCCCGGCCCCGUGGAGGAGAUGCUGGCCGAGGUCAAUGCCACCAUCACUGACAUCAUCUCAGCCCUGGUGACCAGCACAUUCAUCAUCGAGAAGCAGCCCCCUCAGGUCCUGAAGACCCAGACCAAGUUUGCGGCCACCGUGCGCCUGCUGGUGGGCGGGAAGCUGAACGUGCACAUGAACCCCCCCCAGGUGAAGGCCACCAUCAUCAGCGAGCAGCAGGCCAAGUCACUGCUCAAGAACGAGAACACCCGCAAUGAUUACAGCGGGGAGAUCCUGAACAACUGUUGUGUGAUGGAGUAUCACCAGGCCACAGGCACCCUGAGCGCCCACUUCAGGAACAUGUCCCUGAAACGAAUUAAGAGAUCUGACCGUCGUGGGGCAGAGUCAGUGACAGAAGAAAAAUUUACCAUCCUGUUUGAAUCACAGUUCAGUGUUGGUGGAAAUGAGCUGGUUUUUCAAGUCAAGACCCUGUCUCUCCCGGUGGUGGUGAUUGUUCACGGCAGCCAGGAUAACAAUGCGACGGCCACCGUCCUCUGGGACAACGCUUUUGCAGAGCCUGGCAGGGUUCCAUUUGCGGUGCCCGACAAAGUCCUGUGGCCGCAGCUGUGCGAGGCGCUCAACAUGAAAUUCAAGGCCGAGGUGCAGAGCAACCGGGGCCUGACCAAGGAGAACCUGGUGUUCCUGGCGCAGAAGCUGUUCAACAGCAGCAGCAGCCACCUCGAGGACUACAACGGCAUGUCCGUGUCCUGGUCCCAGUUCAACCGGGAGAAUUUACCCGGACGGAAUUAUACUUUCUGGCAGUGGUUUGAUGGUGUUAUGGAAGUGUUAAAGAAACAUCUCAAGCCUCAUUGGAAUGAUGGGGCCAUCUUGGGUUUCGUGAACAAGCAACAGGCCCACGACCUGCUCAUCAACAAGCCAGACGGGACCUUCCUGCUGAGGUUCAGUGACUCUGAAAUUGGUGGCAUCACCAUUGCUUGGAAGUUUGAUUCUCAGGAAAGAAUGUUUUGGAAUCUGAUGCCUUUUACCACCAGAGAUUUCUCCAUCCGCUCCCUGGCCGACCGCCUGGGAGACCUGAGUUACCUUAUCUACGUGUUUCCUGACCGGCCCAAAGAUGAAGUGUACUCCAAGUAUUACACCCCAGUUCCAUGCGAGCCUGCCACUGCUAAAGCAGUGGAUGGAUACGUGAAGCCACAGAUCAAGCAAGUGGUCCCUGAGUUUGUGAGCGCUUCUGCAGACUCUGCUGGAGGCAGCGCCACCUACAUGGACCAGGCUCCCUCCCCAGCCGUGUGCCCCCAGGCUCACUAUAACAUGUACCCACAGAAUCCCGACCCCGUCCUUGACAACGAUGGUGACUUCGACCUGGACGACACGAUGGACGUGGCGCGGCGUGUGGAGGAGCUCCUAGGCCGACCCAUGGACAGCCAGUGGAUCCCCCACGCACAGUCAUGACACACCCCCCACCCCCGCCCCGUCGCAUCUCUAGCUUCUUCGUCCUUGCCAGAGGAGUUACUUUUGUGGAUGUUUUAAUUCCAUGAAUCGCUUCUCUUUGGAAACAAUACUCAUAAUGUGAAGUGUGAAUACUAGUUGUGACUUCAGUGUUUCUGUGCGUGGUGGCACCAGUGAAGGGCGUGCGAGUGUGUGUGUGAGUGUGCGCGUGCACGUCGUGCUGCUUCUCCCCCUUGCUGUCCAGAGUUUAGCUGCGGCACUGGGGCUGCAGACAGAGGCUCUGACUGUCUGAACCUUGUGCAGAAUGGCAGUUAGUUCCAGGAACCUGGAGCUGGGCCAUGUGUCUUGAGGUCCAGUGGCUCUGACUCGUGGCUCUUCAAGUGCAGGAAGGACAGAGGGAGGUGGGACACCUCCCAUCUGGUGAAUUUUUGUCACUGUGUUUGCCAAGCCGUUGAUCUAUACCCGUGAUUGUCUCUGCUUUUCUUCUGAAGCGUAGAAACUGCCUUGUGACGAAGAAAGUCAGUCCUCCCUCCUUCCCUCUCCCCCAGCCCCCAUUUUCCUGGGUAGGGAUGGGAAAAGGAGGGACAUACAGUACUGGCUGGGGCGAGGGAAGUCGUGGCUUUUGCGGUGGGCAGUGGCUUUCUAAAUAACUGGUAGCCCAUCUUAUGUUCUCCACUUUCCACGCUCACUCCCACGCCCCGUGGAAUUGCCACUUAGUUCCUAUGUGUGUACACAUGUGCAGACACGUUUGAUGAAGUAGAGGAAAGACAAGGGGGUCGCAUAACCAGAGUGUACAGUGUUGAUGUCCUUUAUGUCGUGGCUGGAUUGAACGGCCGGGCCCUGGCUCACGGGCUCUGAGGAUGUCACCUUGUUCCCCGGGAACAACCAUCAGUCUGCCCGCCCUCCUCUGCCCUGGUGGAGGCGCAAGCCAGGUUUUCUAAAGGCAUAUUGAUGACGGCUUUUUGCAAACGUUGAAUCGUGUUUUUGUGUCUAAAUUGGGACUUCUCGGUUUCCCCUUCUCACCCUAAUUUGACAUUAGAAUUCUUUCUUCCUGCGUCAGGUCAUGUGCCUUUGACUCGCUGCAGGUCACAUCUGUUCCCUUCACUGUCCACACACAGUGUCUUGGGGAGUAGGUGGCUAUAGAGUGUGGGCUGAACCCAGGACCUAUCUGGGCUGGGUGCUGGGUGUCAGCAUUGGGGUAAUUUGGGGAAACGCAGUCAGCAGCUUUGCUGGGAAGUUUGGUAAGCUCAAAAACAAAGCAAAACAAAAAAUCCUCAGCAUAAUUUUGUCCAAAAUUUCUUCCAUAGCUUUACACCAGAAAGAAGGAAUGGGCUGUGGCAGGCAGGUGGGAAAAGGGGGAGGCAGGUAUAGCUUUGGGGUUUAAGUCUGUAAGGUCACCCCAGCUCCCCUCGAAAAGAAGGGCCUGACCACAUCCAAGGAGGGAAUGGCCCUAAAAACAUUAUUUUUAUACAUGUGGGGAAAUGAACAUAUUUUUUUUACAAAAUUAACUUCUGAAUUUAUCAGUGUUUUAAUGUUAAAGGAAAAUAUUUCUCUGUAGUAAAUAUUUAUUGGAAGAUGACUUUUUAAAAGCUGCUCUUUGCCCUAGCUUAGUUUCGUACACUGAUUUAUCAAUAUUUUUCUAUGACGGCCGGUAGACUGUCUCAGACAGCCUCUGAUGACCAGGCUGACCCCUCCAUGGAUACCAGCACUGACAUAGCAGCCCCUUACGUCCUCAAGAUUUGAUUAAAAUCCCUGCCUCCCCCUCCCCGCCCCCUCGCCGAGGAUGGGAGUGUUGGGGAAAGGUGGAAAGGAAGCCUAGUUGCCCCUGUCACCCAGGCACCUUGAGUGCCAACCCUGGUGGCCCGAGCAACCCCGGGGGCAGGGAAUGACAUGCUUUGAGAUGAGCGGUUGGCCCGCCCCAGGCAGGCCAAGGGCGGAGCUCUCACUGCAUAGUUAGCACUGAGGUGGGGAGAACGGGUGCCCAGGAGACUGGCUGCCCGGAGCCUGGGGGUUCCUGCACGUGUCCCAAGGCUGAGCUAUCCUCAGUUUUCCUGAGACCGUGUCUCCUGAUAGGAGAGAUUGUGACUGAAAGGCGUGCUCACUGUCUGCAUAUAGCUUCUCUCUCCUCCCUGUUCUGCAAACCACAAGGAGAGGCGACGGCAAGUCUCGACUGCCUCAGCCACUUGCUCGCUCACAGACACACACACACAAGUCACCAAAACGUUUCAAUGUACGGUGUGUGCAGGGCUUUGUAGUGGGUGAGGGGGGAGACUAAAAGUGAAUAUAACUUAAAAUAGCAGUAUACUUUUUUAUAAUUUUUCUUUAUAAAACUUUGUGAAAUUAUUUCAGAUACAUAUUUUAGUCAAUGCAGAUCAGUUAUAAUAUAGCCGCCCAAAAAAAAGUAUUGUGUACAAUUUGGGAUAGUCACAAAAUUGUGUAUUUUAUGUUACAAUAAAUAGUUCUCGUAGUGGACAA